AUGGCUGAAAACGACGCACAUGGUCCGCCCCUCGACCAGGUGCCUGCCGAUGCCGUCCGUGCCGAUGUCGAGCUGUACGACAUGUCGGACGUCGCGGACUUCUCGUGGCACUCUGUCCUGAAGGCCACUGGCGACGAAUGGACAUGUGUGGCCUGGUGUAUGGACGUUGGUCUAUUAUCCAAGGCUAUGACGUGUCCUAAGUGCCCCUGUGCAAUGACGUAUGACGCGGCGAAGAAGCGUUGGCGAUGUCGACGUCGUGCCUGUGAUGGUCUCGGGAACGUCCAGAUUGGUGUGCGAACAGGUUUGUGGUUCCAACGCUCCAAACUACCUAUGACCAAGGUCGUUCGCGUGCUAUUUGCGUGGGCCUCACGGCGACCUGUGUCCGCUGUCGUCGCUGAAGAAGAACUGUCAAUGGAAACUGGAGUCGACUGGUACAACUACUGCUGCGAGUUGUGUUCGAUGGAGAUGCUGCUCACACCCAUGAUGGUUGGAGGGCCAGGCGUUACAGUGGAAAUCGAUGAAACGUCCAUGAAGAAAAAGAGCAAGUACAACCGUGGCAGGCACUAUCCCGAGCACUGGGUUUUCGGUGGUGUGGAUAGAGCCACAGGGAAGUGGUUUGGUGUCAUUACUGGUGCUGACAGGACGAAGCCAACCUUGUCGCGUUUGAUUAAGAAACAUGUUUCUCCGGGCUCCCAUAUUAUUUCGGACAAGUUCGGGUCGUACGUGUCUUCAAACGAGCAGCAUACUCUGGCCAACAACCCGUUACUAGCUGACCAAGGCUACACUCACGAGUGGGUGAACCACACGGAAAACUUUGUGAACCCCAUCAACGGUGCUCAUACACAAUCCAUUGAAGGCGCAUGGGAAAUUCGCAUCAAGCGCUUCUCCAAAGCGAUGCGCGGCAUGCAUCGUCCCCACCUUCCAUCGUACUUGGACGAGUACCUAUGGCGAAGUUGGUUUUUCGCUCACGGUUCCGACAGUAAGGCUUACUUUAAGGGAUUCGUGUGUGCUAUUCGCAGGUACAACGCGACGGUGCAAUAA